UCGAUAUUCGAAGGGUGCGCUGCAAUCCACCAGCGGAACAGCAGUUAGCACCGGUGCUACUACGGGGAGCUUCAGCAGCAGCAGCAGCAGCACCAGUAACACCGUUCCAAACAACCACAACAAUACACGAGAGAUACUCGAAUCAAAAAUGAAGUGCCUUAUUGUUAUUGCCUUUGCAGUAUUCGUCUUUGAUGUUGUACGAUGUCAGGAUAUUGAUUCCAGAAAUUUAAGAUGUCUAGUUUGUAGAACAACUAUCGAUGAAUUAACAAACGAACUGAGUAAAAUUAGUCCUGAAAGAGAAAUUGAAGUUGGGAACUUCCGUUUGGAUGGAAAAGGAAACACCAUUAGGAAAAAGGUUCCACUUGCCCGAUCGGAAGUUCAUAUUUCCAAUGUUUUGGAUGAAAUUUGUGGAAAACUGUCUGAUUACGUCAGAGCUAGAUAUAAGUCUAAUGGUCAGUUGACUAUUCUGAAUUUACUCGAUUCUUCUGGAGGCAUGAACCCAGAGAUAGCUAAAGUUGAUAUUAUUCAAGAUUCAGAUUUGAAUAAAAGCCUUAAAUAUCACUGCGAAGCAAUUAUUGAAGAGUUUGAGGACGGAAUUGUAAACGUAUUCCGCGAUGGUGGAAAAGAUGCUGACAUCAAAGUUUGUUCUGAAAUUGCAAAUCUCUGCGAUGACACAAUACCGGAUGACGAGGAAAAUAAGGAAGGCGACGCAUCCGAGGAAAAUCUCGGUGACAGGAUAGAAUUAUGAUGAUUGAAAUGUUUAAAUUUUAUUUUAGUUAGUCAAAAAUAUGGUAACACUGUACCAUUGUCACAGAGAUAAUUCCUAUAAACGAUUGUUAAUUACUAUCCAUGCAACACUCCAUGGAUGUCAAUCAAAUUUUAAUCAUUAAAGCAUUCUCUGUUUCUAUCUA